AUGACGCAUGAAGAAAACUAUAAUCAAGAUUUAGAUCUUAUAAAAAUCAAUGAUUCAACUCAAAAUAAUCCAAUUAUUAUAUAUGCUCAUCAACUUAAUCAAUAUUAUCAUACAUUACUUGGUAAUCCAUUUCAACGAUUAAAAUAUUAUGAUUCUUCAAUAGAACAAUAUAAUUUUUAUCGCACACCUGGUAUUAUUAAUUAUAUUAUUACAUAUUAUCUUCAUCAUGGAUGUUUAUCAACAGAUAUACAUUAUCCAGCAGAGAUUCUUUAUGAUGAACUUGUAUUUUUUGGUUUUAAUAUUCAAAUUAUUUAUGAUAUUAUUUCAAAUUGUAUUACUAUUGAUUAUUAUAUUCCUUCUGGUAAAUAUCGUCGAGCAUUUUGGUUGACAUUUGAUUCUAAAAUUUCAAAAUAUAAAUUCAAUCUAACUCGAAUUGUUAGUGGAUUUAUUACUAUUUGUUCUAUUAUAACAUCUUUAACAUUUAUUGAAAUUACAAAUACUUUAUUUAUAAAUAAUGAUUAUCAAAAGAUUUUAUUUAUAAAAAAAACUUUAACUAUUGAAAUAUUUAUUUUAAUAUAUUUUUAUAUUGAAUUACUUAUAUAUUAUUUUAUUCGUCCUAAAUUUCAAUUUACAACAUUAUUUUUAAUGUUAAUUAAUUUUUUUUCAUUAAUACCUAUUGCUUUAUUUCUUUUUAUAUGGUCAAUACCAUCAACAUGGUUAUAUAGUUUACUUGUUAUUCAAUAUGUUUCUCGUAUUUUUCGUAGUAUUCGUCUAUCAUCUUAUGCUUAUCAAAUAUUAUAUGAUUUAACUAAACGAUGUUCAAUUUAUUUUGAAAUAUUUCAAUCAAUUGGAUUAAUUGUACUAUUUUUUGCUUUACUUAUUCUUUCUAUUGAACAAAUAUCAAUACCUGUUGAAUUUUUAAUUAAUAAACAUUCAAAUAAUACGAAUAAUUUUCAAUCAUUAAGUGAAAUAAUAUGGAUUUCAUUUAAUGCAUUUACAUCUUUAGGUGAAGGUACAAGUAGACCAUUAACAUAUGCUGGUUUAAUUAUUGAAUUUUUAACUUGUUUUAUUGGUAUUUUAACAAUUCCACAAUUAGUUCAAAUUAUUUAUACAAUUGUAUCAAAUACAAUUGAUAAACAAAAAUUAAAUAAUGAAAAACGACAACAAAAAUAUUUAGUUAUGAUUGAAGAUGAACAUAAAAAUAAAGCCAUAGGACAAGUUCAUAUUGAUGAACGAGGAAAUUCAAGUUUACCAGAAAUUCUCAUACAAAAAGAUGAAUUUUAA